GCCGUUGCUGGGGUGACGUCAUUGAUCCGGGUCCCUAGACCGGGCGCAGUGGCGGAGAUGGCGCCCGUGGCGGAGAGGAAGGUUGUGGGCGCCGCAGCCGAGAGUCAGGAGCCGGCGGCAGCGGAGGAUGAUGAGGGGCAGAACCUGUGGAGUUCAAUUCUCAGUGAAGUAUCUACCAGAUCCCGGUCAAAAUUACCCACUGGGAAAAAUAUUCUUGUGUUAGGUGAGGACGGAUCAGGCAAGACGACACUCAUGGCGAAGCUCCAAGGUGCAGAACAUAACAAGAAAGGGAGGGGCCUGGAAUAUCUGUACCUGAAUAUACACGAUGAAGAUAGAGAUGAUCACACACGAUGUAAUGUGUGGAUACUGGAUGGCGAGCUGUACCAUAAGGGCCUUCUUAAGUUUGCGGUUUCUGCGGAAAAUUUGAAGAAUACUUUAGCUGUCUUUGUGGCAGACAUGGCCAGGCCUUGGACUAUCAUGGAUUCAUUGCAGAAAUGGGCGAGCGUUUUACGUGAACACAUUGACAAACUGAAGAUUCCACCUGAGGAACUGAAGGAAAUGGAACAGAAGAUGGUGAAAGAAUUCCAGGAGUAUGUGGAGCCUGAGGAAGGAUCCCACGGAUCUCCGCAGAGGAGAGCAGCUGCGCCUGGUCAGGAAGACGAGGAGGUAGUCUUGCCACUGGGAGAAAAUGUACUUACGCACAACCUGGGCAUUCCGGUACUGGUUGUCUGCACAAAGUGCGACGCCGUCAGCAUAUUAGAGAAGGAACACGAUUACAGGGACGAGCACUUGGAUUUCAUUCAGUCACAUAUUCGUAGAUUCUGCUUAGAGUAUGGAGCUGCCUUGGUUUAUACGUCAAUAAAAGAAGAAAAGAACGUUGAUCUCUUAUAUAAAUAUCUUGUCCACAAAAUGUAUGAUUUCCAGUUUACUACACCUGCCUUAGUGGUAGAAAAGGAUGCAGUCUUUAUUCCUGCAGGAUGGGACAAAGAUAAGAAAAUUGCUAUUCUGUAUGAGAACUUUGCAACAUUGAAGCAAGAUGAUGCCUAUGAGGAUAUUAUCGUGAAGCCUCUGGUCAAAAAGCCGGUCCACGAUAAAGAAGUGGCCUCAGAGGAUGAGCAAGUUUUUCUCAUGAAGCAGCAGUCUCUUCUCGCCAAACAGCCUGCCACACCUUCAAGGCCUGCUGACUCUCCAAGGCAACCAGGUGGCUCUCCCAGGACCCCACGGCAACCGGGUGGAACAAAUAUGGUGACUGCUGUGCCGCCGAUCUCAUCAGGAACUCCGAAAGGUCCUGCUGCUGCGAACGAAGGAGUGCUGGCCAACUUCUUUAAUAGCUUAUUGAGUAAAAAGACUGGUUCCCCUGGCAGUCCUGGAGCUGGAGGCGUACAGAGCACAGCCAAGAAGUCAGGACAAAAGCCGGUUUUAACAGACGUUCAGGCAGAGCUGGACAGGAUGUCUCGGAAACCAGAUUCAGUAGUCACAACAAACAGUUCUCCAGCAGAAAACGAAGCCUAAAACCUGCAGACACACUAUGUAUAGUAUAUUUAAAAAUCAAAGACCAAAUUAGACAAUUGAGAGGAUCGGCAGUUGUCUAAUGCGGCAGUCUAUCAGUUUUUGUUUGGGAGGCAUGAAGGCAUCACUAAAUUUUAAAAUGACUCGUUGCAGGAUAAGCGUGCAUUCCAGAGAUGUAAAUAAAUCCCUGUGUCUAACAACACUUUAAUCAAAAUAAGUUAUACAGGAAAGAUUAAGGGUGAACUACCUCAUCCAGAGUUACUGGCAGAGGGGUGUAAACGUGGGGAAUGAGAUGGAGCAUUUGGAAAUUGAACUGGGUUGCUCUGUGUAUUAGUUUCUAAGCGGGGAAGCCAUGAAGGGAUCUUUCAAUGGGGAGCCUGUGAUUGAAAGGGGGUAAAUUUGCAUUUGUUCCCCUUACCUGUUGACUGUUGGAAGCUAUACUAAUGCUUUAGUUAGACAUUGACUUUUGGAAGCUGUACCAAUGCUUUAGCCAGAUGUAGUCCAGUCAGUUAUCUGAAAAGCCAAUCACUGGAUGGAUGGCUAAGCUCAUAGAGCGAAUGGAUCAGCUAACAGCAUAGGGUGCUGUAUGAAAGGGAGGAGGAAUGGAUAGGGAGAAGGGAAGGCAGGAUUGAGAGAUGGGAAGGAGCAGUGGUCUUACUGUAGUGUGAAAAUGGUUGCCUUUUUAAGGAACUCUUCAAAUGAAUCAGGAUGUGGGAGGGUCUGGGAAAUGACUGAACAUCAUGAAUUUAUUGGACAAAAUUGUGUCAUUUGAUUUGAAACACUUUGGGGGAAGUUUAGCCGGCACUUUGAAUUAUUGGUUGAUGUUGGGGACACAGGGACAGGGAGGAACCUGCUGGGGUACAAGUGCCUGACACACAAAGCAGGUGUAGUACGCACUCAACUCAGAUGCACUAUAGCACAAGCGCUUGGUCGCUUCAUGACUUUUUUUUAAAGCUUAAUUUAAAAGUUAUUUUGACCAGUAAUAGAGCAUUUUUUUGUUUUUUUUAAAAUUCAUGUUAUAAUUCUGCCUUCCUUUAACCAUAGCAAGUUUUGGGCCAUCUUGGAACAAAUAUGGACAAAAUAGAAUAAUGUUUCUCUCUUCCUCACCCUACCCCACUCCCCACGAAAGGAUAGAUCUCUGAAGAAUCAUUCCACUGUCUAGCUGCAGUUAAUGAAGUGAGACAUUAUUUCUGACUGUAAACACUACUUGAUGUAAAAUUCCAGGUUACUGCAUUGCAUUGUCAAGGGGAUAACCACAAAAUGGGAUUGUGUGACUUCUGCCUUCUAUUGCAUAAACUGUACUAACUUGUGCUGAAGUGAGAUGUCUGGACAAUCUUCAUUUUCCUAUAACAUUGCAUAUAUAUUAUCAAAACAGUAAUAUAUUUACCACUAAAAGCUGGGCAUAAUUAGCUUCUUUGCACUUUCCAAUAGCAAGGCUGCUUAAAUAAUUUUUAAUAUUUUUGAAGCUCUAACCUGUGAUAUGUAUGUAAGGGAGGUUAGCCAGAAGCAGCGGAUUUCCUCUCAAAGUAGAUUGUUCCCAGGUUCCUUGCACCAAGUUAAGGCAAUGUGUUCAGGUUUGUCUGGAGAAUGUACCUGUAUAAUCAAGGAUGGCGUGGCUUUGGAGAAACUGCACACUUGGUCCACUGUUUCAUUUUUAAUUAUUUUUUAAAUUAAACUGCUGGAACCAAACAUGCAAACAAACUUUAAAUGGCUUUGAAGUUAACAGAACAAAAGGUUAAUCCAUAUAACUGUUGUAUAGUAGGAGCUGAAUAAAUGUUACACAAAUCUUGAAUCCCAAUUAAUGCUUAAUGGACUGUUUUCUGUCUGUCUCUUUAUAAAUCCUUCCUCCGCUCACUCUCUCCUCUGUUUUCAGUGCAUGUUUGCUCCUCACCCCAAAUUUCCUUCUCAUUUUACCUGUGAUUCACAUUUUUGCCUCCAUCUGCACUCGAACUAUUUCAAUUUAAACACUUCAGUUUUCUGCCUCUUUCUGUACCUCUCCAGUCGGCUCCUUCCCUGUAUCUUGGCUGUUUUAUGAUUUUUCUCUGUAUGUUUAUUUUGUUCUGUUCCUUAAUCCCUUUCUUCAGUUUGUUCUACUCUCCCAGUUCCCCUCUCCCCAUCUCACUGAUCAUCAGCUACAAUUUUGACUCAAGAAUUGGCUUUUUUAUUAUUCUCAUGUUCCUAUGAGGACUGAAUUGAUGUGUUAAUGCUGCUUAAGUUAAACGUUGCACUUGAAAGGUAAUAUUACAGGAUGAAAGCAAAUUAGAAAUUCAGAAAACUUGUAAAUGAAAUAGUUAAGUGAAAUGAUCACUAAUAGACAGAGAUGGGGAGGUGUAUAUAAAUUUGAUUCUGUUUAUCUUAGGUUAAUUUUUUAUAUUAAAUGUCAGAAUGAGACUGUAACAUUGAGGAGAGUUUGGAUUUAGUUCAUAUUAAAGGCUUAACCUGA